AUGGCGGCGGCACCAGCGGCGGCGGCGAAAACGGAGGCGGCUAAGCCAGCCAUGGGCGUCAGGGAAGGUACGGAGCGGGUCGCGGUGCCUAAAGGUGUCCCCUGUCCCUCCCCCCUCAUUGUGUGUGUUGUAUCCAAGUUGGGGAGACUCGGCGAGAGCUCUAUUCAGGCUUGGACCGUUGCGGGGCUGCCGCGCGGUGCCUUGUGGGGGCCGUAGUUUUUUCCUCGUCGCGUAUCUUUGUUAACGUCCCGAGUCUGUUCGGCCUUGGACUCUAAAUCCCAGAGGGACCUGCGGAACACAUUCCUCUCUUUCUUUAUUGUGGGGAGUGGGUGCUUUUGAAACCUUGCAGGGCCGGCCAGAGGAGAGGCUAGAAGCUCUGCUGUCCCUUCGUUGGCACAAACACCUGCAGAAGGGAAAGGACGCGCGUCCAAACCUAUCUUCUUCUCCUAUUCCUGAUCCAUAAAGCAGGCGCCUAAUGGGCAGGUGCAGCCUGCUAUAUAAACCACACAGGACAAUGGUUGGCAUGCAGGGUGCUGCUGUCAUGGAAUAAUCCCAUGUUAUCUGGCUAACAUUUUGAAGGGUGCUCUGGUAUUAGUUGCCAGCAUUGCUCAGAGUCAGGGAACAGUUCCAAUGUGAAAGAGUUUGCUGAAACUCAGAUUCCUGAGUUACAUUAUAAGGCUUUCUCAGAAAAAACAACAACUAGCUAUAAUAACAUGGCACAUUUUUAUCACCCAAGAAAGAACACAAUACUACACAGCAUUUUUUUCACACAAGGAAAGGGAUUAACAUACUAUUAUUUUAUGUUUGCAGAAAUACCCUGUAAUUAGAAGGAUUGUUUUGCUGGAUAAGACCUCACAUUGCGCACCAGAAAUUAACAUAUGUAGAAUGUAUCUUAUUAGCAAGCUGAUUCGUGGCACAUUUUGAACAUAUAAGUCCUCUUUGGGAAGCGGGAGUUCACAUUCAAAACAGCCCUUUAGUAGGAUGUAUUUUCUAGAUUCCACCAAAGCAGAUUGGCCUUACGGAAAUGCAGCUGGAUGAAUGAGGCAGACUGCCCACACCCAUUUAAGUGGUGGCUUUCCAUAGCAGCCUUUGUAUACUAAUAAAACUUAAUUUUUGGUGCUAAUGCUCUGUUAAAAAAAUUAAUUGGAUAAAGAUUCAUCUUUCUAUUAUCACCUUUACAUUUAAAUAUAAAUAUACAGAAUUGAGAGAGAAUUCACAGUGGCUUAUAAGAUUUUGAGUAUUUUGACAUUAUUGCUAAAUAUGUUGCUUAUGGUGAACGUUCUCUUAAACCUUUUUCCAAAUAUAUAUAAAAAAAUGAAUUUCCAAGCUUUAGCUGGUUUGUGCAUCACAUCAAAUCAUACUUUAACUAUGGCUUAAUGCAAACAAGCAGUGUGCCUGUACAAUGUGCUUGUUCAUGAGUCAAUACUCUCCCACUCUGGUUGCCACUGCCUCCACAUCACCUUGGCUUCCCAAUAAUUGAAGGAAAUGAACCUGAAACAUUGGUUUGCAUGUAACAGGAAGCCAGCCUCUGGUGGCCUUCCUCUCUAGUGGCAGCAUCAUGAAUGGGGAGGAGUAAAGAAUGUGCUCACAUGAAACUGCAGUUUAAUUUUAAACACUUGUUUAAAAUGAAAUUCAAACCUGACUAGUAUGUACCUUUCCCCAGUUUUGCAUUUUUUAAAACUUCCUUUUUUUCUUUUCUCUUAGGUUCAUUAAUUAAUUGGUCAGGCCAGGGUUUACAGAAACUGGGUUCAACUUUGGCCUGUGAUGCAGAUACACAUACUUUGAUUUUGGAUAAAAACCAGCUAAUUAAAUUGGAGCACUUGGAGAGCUUCAAGAACCUGAUGCAGGUUAGUUCCAUGUGUCUGUGAUACAGUUCUGUGCUUGUUAGGAUAUCCUUGCUUUAUACUUAAAGGAAAAAGCAUAGGAAAAUAAUUUUGGGUGAAGUUAAAUAUAUAUUUAAAAUCCAUUCUCCUCUGUUUAGCUUCAGAGCACUAUGCAACUUCUUCUCCAACCAUAUACACUUGGUGCUACCUUUACUCUCUUAAGCAACAAAAGAGGUCUGUCCUCUGAUGCCUUUAGUGGCUUGGGAGGUGGUUAUUUAAGGAACCUCCUGAACUUCCACGAACCUGGCUGCCAGCUAACAUCUGCUUUAAAGGCCCUGUUCUGAGCACCUGGCCUUCUGACACUAUGGGUAGCUCUCGGAGAUGAGGUCCUGUGGAACAUCCUCUCCAGACAUUUAAACCUAAUACUGCCUUUAUUCUUCAAGGAAACAGGGGAGGUCCGUCCUCUCAUGCCUUAAAUGACUUUUAACCCCUUCUCAUUGCUUUUUAUAUUGUUUCUGUAAAUUCUUCUGUGUUCUUUCAUUGUUUUUAAUUUGAACUUUCUUGGGCCUACAUGCGAAAAGGAUAGAAAAGGUUGUAAUUAGACUGUGAAGUCAGAUAUAAUUACUGGCUUACAUUCUGCUAACUUAAUAGUUCAGUCCUAUAUGCAGAACUAAGCUGCUUUGAGUUUGAUGGGCCUUCCUCCCAGGAAAGUAUUUUAGCAGUCCUACCUCAGUGAGGCCUUUCUUUGCUCUCUUAUUAAACCACAGAGCCUAGGACUUGCCGAUCAGAAGGUCAGCGGUUCAAAUCCCCACGACGGGGUGAGCUCCUGUUGCUCGGUCCCAGCUCCUGCCAGCCUAGCAGUUCGAAAGCACGUCAAAGUGCAAGUAGAUAAAUAGGUACCGCUCCAGCGGGAAGAUAAACAGCAUUUCCGUGCACUACUCUGGUUUGCCAGAAGCGGCUUAGUCAUGCUGGCCACAUGACCCGGAAGCUGUACGUCGGCUCCCUCGGCCACUAAAGCGAGAUGAGCGCCACAACCCCAGAGUUGGCCACGACUGGACCUAAUGGUCAGGGGUCCCUUUACCUUUACUUUACUUCAGUGAGGCCUUUCUUUGCUCUGUUAUUUUGCAGUUGUCAGUAGCCAACAAUCGGUUGGUGCGGAUGAUGGGUGUAGCAAAGCUGACUCAGCUUCGAGUAUUAAACUUGCCUCACAACAGUAUUGGCUGUGUAGAGGGACUGAAGGAUCUGGUGCAUUUGGAAUGGCUGAACCUGGCAGGAAAUAACUUAAAGGUAAACUUAAUACCAUAAUUCUGAAGAACCGCUUCCGCUUAUGUGCUUCCCACCACACUAAGAGGUCUCCUGUCAGUUCUGAACUCACAUUUCAGUGGAAAAAGGGAAAUGACCUUUUCUGCUGUCACACCCAGACUUCGGAUUUUUUUUCAUUUUCUCCCGCAAUCCCACAAUCUUUUUUGGUUCUCCUUCUCAUUGACCUUCUGCUGUGAUGUAAAAAGUUUUCAUUUUAAAAAGACAUUUAAAGGCUUAACUAUUACCAGGCGUAUAUGCUGCUUUUGGAAAGGGGAGGGCUUUUAUGGGUGGGUUAUAUGAAAUUUCAUCAUUACCGUCUUUAACUUUUUAAUCUCUUGGCUUGCUAUUUUGUUUAGUUACUGUGUUUUAUCUUUAAUUUUUUGUGAUAUCUUAUGGUUCUUGUCAUGAACCACCUUGAACAUUUAUAGGGAAAAGCAAGGUGCAAAUGUUUUAAAUAGGUGUCAUAUUUUAAAACCCUAAAAAAGUAAAAUGUGUUGUCUUUCAGUGGUUUCAAAAACUAAAUGUUGUCUUUCUGCUGUUUCCAGAGAUUGCAUCAUACCCUCAUUCUACCUGUGUGUCCUUUUACUUUAUUUCUCUCUACUUCUCCUGCCCCCAUUGCCAUCACAUUUCUCCUCCUUUAUUGCCCCAAUCCUGCUUUAAAAAAUAGGUGUUAGUUUAAGACAGUGUUAAAUUUGGGGAGGAAGUUCUAUGGCUGAUGCAAUCUCUUUCUGUGGAUGGUUUGUUCAGAAACAUGCAUAAUUUAUGAUGUUUCAUAAUGCUACAAAAUAUUUUCUCUUCCUGUAGACUAUAGACCAGAUCAAUACCUGCACAUCUCUUCAACAUCUUGAUUUGUCGGACAACAAUAUAUCCCAGAUAGGAGAUAUCUCCAAGCUAUUAUUGUUAAAGGUGAAUGCUGUUCAGUUGCUGGUUAGAUUGAAUUAUUUUCUUUGCUGAGAGGAGAGGGCUGUUUUUCAUUAAGGCUGCAGUCCUAUAACCACUUGUCUGGGAUUAGGUUCCACUGAAUUCAGUGGGAUUUACUUCUUGGUAAACAUGAACAGGAUUGUGCUGUACAGCUCUUUCAAGUGUAAUGCUGAAGUUCUGAGCUAUCAAUCCCUUUAAAACUGAAGGAAGUUAGUCACAUUUUAGACCCACUGAAAUUAAGGGGGAGUCAUGGCUAAUUUGUCAAUUAGUUUCACUAGAACUAAAGCAUAAACUAGCUUCCACUUAAACCAAAGGCAAAUGCCUUUUUGUUAAAACAUUUCCUUUAAUAUGUUUUUUAAGCAUAUAUUGCCAGCCGUUUUAAAUUUUAUGUUUGCACUAUUUAACAAAGGCAUGUUUAGUAAUGAUGUUGAUGAUAUUACACAGGCCUUUUUGAAUGUUUGAAGGAAUUCAUAUCUGUUAUUUAAACAAAUGAGUACAUAUUGCAUUUUUCUCCCGUUCUGCUGUCUCUUAAGACUCUGUUACUGCAUGGAAAUAUCAUAACAUCCUUGCGUACAGCACCUGCUUGCUUGCCUCAAUGUCUGGGUAUUCUUUCAUUGGCAGAAAAUGAAAUCAGAGACUUGAAUGAGGUAAGAAUACCAUUUGUCAACAAAACUGAAUACUGUACAUAUUUUGAGAAUUCUUUACUUGCAACUUUGUCUUAUAUUCAGUUAAGUUUCCUUCACUACAUUUUUAGUUUCCUACUUGUAUCCAUAACAAUAUGGGACCAGUAGCUGGUGGUAGCGCAGUGUCAGCUACUGAAGCAAAUAAACAAUAAUAAUUAGCCAAUAUUAAACAUUUACUCCAGAAAGGCAAAAGGCAUUAUGAGGGACUAUUCUCUUUUGGUAGUAAUUCACAUUAAGGUUCUUUGUUGUACAGCAGGCAUAGGCAAACUCGGCUCUCCAAAUGUUUUAAGACUACAAUUCCCAUCAUCCCUGACCACUGGUCCUGUUAGCUAGGUAUGAUGGGAGUUGUAGUCCCAAAACAUUUGGAGGGCCGAGUUGGACUAUGCCUGUUGUACAAUGUCCCUGCCUGAAUCUGUUGAUAACAACAACAACAACAAAUCAGUGUUAAAGUACAUAAAGUGUAUAAAGCACUGUACAAAGACUAAAAAGCUCCUAUCUGCAGGCUGAAAGCCAAAUAGAUCCAACCCAAAAGCAAAGGAGGAGGUGAAAUGGUAGAGGCCCCAUUUCCUAACAUUAGAUAGCUCUCAUAACUGGUAGCUUGAAUGCAAAUGGUUCAGGUAGGAAAGGACCCAAAUGGCAGCCAGUCUCCCAAGUGAAUAGAUCAAGUGGACCUUUCUGUUCCACUUUUCCCUCCAUGUGAUUGCUGGCAUCCCUCUGUCUCGAGAGACAGUGGAGAGCUCCUCCAGGGGUAAAGUCAAACCAUGGGAGAAUCACAGUGCCUGCUGUGGCUGCAGAGACCGGUAACUCAAAACUGCCUCCUGCAACUAAAAGAUGAUUUGAGGGUAAGAAGUGUAAACAGCAGUUGGACUCUGCUGCCCCGUAUUAAUUAUUGCUCUCCUGCAACAGCAACCAGGUGGAAUGCUAACUUCCUGAAUCUCCUCAUUAUCUGAAGCCAUCACCUGUCCUUAUGAAAAUAUUUAAACCUUUUUCUCUCUCUCCAAAUAUUUUUCAUGCCCUCUCCCCUUAACCAAUGUCAAUUUCAGGUCUAGACAAGGGUUGUCAGUGUCUGAACUCUAAAGUAUUCUGAAAUUUGGAUUCCUAUAUAUUGUGAAUGUUUUGUAAUUAAGCAAAAUGAUUUAUGGUUUGGGACGUCAAUAUGAUUAUGACCAUGCAUAGUCCCAUUCAAUAGGUUAAAAAGCUUUGAUAGGUAUCUAUUGAGAAAAUCUUAGAUACGUGCUAUUCUGUUUGAGGACAGGGAAUUGAACUAGAUUAGGGCUGUAGGUUGCAUAUUGGUGAGUAGUAGCAUUAAUUUAUUUCUCUGAAAAAAAUCCAUUACAAACAAUGUAAGUUUUGAGACACACACAGACAAAAAGAAAAGAGCUGCUCUGAAUGGAAAGAAGCAAGUCAUUUUUUUCUUCUUUCCUCCCUCAAAUAGCUCAUUGUGUAUGAAAAAUGUGGCUGAAUGUGCCAUGCUGUUGUUUAUCCCAUGAUAGCAAAUUGCUGAACACAGGAAAAUUUCAAUUAAUCAACAAAGCUAUUGUUUGCUUUCAGAUUUCGUUCUUGGCUUCCUUUACUGAGCUAGAGCAACUGUCAAUAAUGAACAAUCCCUGUGUGAUGGCCACACCUUCUAUCCCAGGAUUUGAUUAUAGGCCUUAUAUUGUCAGUUGGUGUCUCAAUCUUAAAGUCCUUGAUGGCUAUGUGAUAUCUCAGAAAGAAAGGUAAGAAACUGAAGGUCACUGGAUUGAAGCUGACUAAAUGGAAGUAGCAUACUAUUCUGUAUGUUUGUAUUUUAUUAAAUUUAAUUGCAUUACUGGCUACUUUUGCUUACAGUGUAUAAACAUCUGCUAUUGCUCUUACUUUAUUCCACCACCAUUGCAUCUACAGUCAUCCAGCAGAGUUAUUCUGAGUCUAUUUUGAGUUGGAUUACCCAUCUGCCUGCUGUGUCAACUUUGUUAGACACUUUGAGAAUAAAAUCACUACCAUCCAUUCUGUCUUAGAUGUCAGUGGAAUAGCGGAUCCUAGUGAUGUAGCUUUGGUAUCUCCUGUUUUGAUAAAUUUAUACAACCCCAGAAUGUAGACAACAUCUUUGUAGUAUUCUGUGAACUGCCUUGAGACCCCUGGCUAUAGCGUGGUAUAUAAAUUCAAAUAAUAAUAAUAAUAAUAAUAAUAAUAAUAAUAAUAAAUUAGUAAGAAAUUGUCCACUAGUCCACUGGAUCUUUGCCCACCUUGAUUGAUUAAAGAAGCCAGAUGAGGUCUGGUUAGCAGUGUAAGAGUGUAAAUGACUUAUUGGAGUACGGAGUGAUUACCAUCCAGACUUAGAAUAGCUGUUGUGGGACCUUGGUCAGGGUAGGGGGACCCCCUCUGGAUCCCACUGGAUAAUUUCCUCCAAGACUCCAAUAUGCCAUUAUUGGGCAAGGUUCUUAAGUGUGUGGUGGCUUCUUAGCUCCAGGGGUCCUUGAAGGAAAUGGAUUACAUAGACUUCAAUUUUACAUAGGUUCAAUCCAGUUUUGGACCAGGAGUUGAAACUGAGACAGCUUGGAUCACUUUGGCAGGCAACUGCUGUGCAAGGAGACAGAAAAGGGGAGUAGUUUUUCCUUGGUUCUGCUAAACCUCUCUGUGGCGAUUGAUACCAUCAUUCUGGGCUGCCAGACACUGUUUUGUGGUGGUUCCAGUCCUUUCACAAGGGUCAGUUUCAGAAAGUGAUGUUGUGAGACUCUCUUUUGGCACCCUGAUCAUUUGGGCAUGGUGUUUCUUAUCAAUUUUGGUUAAUCUCUUUCUUUAUUUUUAUUGCACAGUGUUUUGUGCAAAAGGAUUUUAUAAAUGUUCACGAAGAAUACUUCUUUUCAAGAUGAUUGUUCUUCCCUCUAGCUUGAAAGCAGAAUGGCUUUACAGUCAAGGAAAGGGAAGAUCGUUUCGGCCAGGCCAGCACAUUCAGUUAGUACAGUAUCUUGCCAGUGUUUGUCCUCUUACUAGUAUGUUUGGGCUCCAAACUGCAGAGGAUGCUAAACUGGAAAAAAUACUACAUAAGCAAAGGUAAGAACAUUAUCUUUUGUCAACAGCUGGGAAUUUUAACAAAGUAAUUGUUAUUUUGUGCAGAAAGAAUAAAAGGAUAACCAGUUAAUCUUGACAGCUUCAGACCCGGCACUAUCAACCCUAAUUGUUGUUGUUUUGGACUCAGAGGAACUGGUUUGCAGAAAGACUUGUGCACCAGGCUCUUGGCUGAUAUUUUGCUGUUGGUUUAGAGCCACUCUGGCAUUGAUGCUUUAACAAAACCAGUCUCAACUCCUUGUCUUUAGGUUGCACCAGAGGCAACUGAUGUACCAAAGCCAAGCUGAUGAGCCACCUGUAUCUUCAACUUUGCAUAAAGGGCAGCCUGCUACCAGUGAGCCAAACAGCCCUGUUCACAGGCCACAAAUAAUGACUGAAAGUGGUAAGAUUCAUGGGUUUCUGUAAUACUGUUUGUGAUGAUGAGCCCAUUGUCUAAUAUACUGAUAAUCCAGCAGGAGCUGGUGGAGAGAGAGGAUGGCAGAACCUUAUGACUUGAAAUAAUGAAACUAGGGAAGCAGAGAUGGAGUUGAAAUUGAAAGGGAAAACGGUUCUAAAGACUGGGACUCUGGGUUAGACAGAGAUAGUGUUUAUGAUAUCACACCUUGACCAAUGCAAUCAGCAGAGCAUGCUCGGCUCCAGCAGGGUAGUCCUGCAGAGCAUUGGAGUCUUCUUGCUCUCCUGUUGUCAGCCUUUCCAGAGUGUAGAGUGUUUAUUGUAUCAAGAUACAAGAUAAGUCAAACACACUAUCUACAUAAACUUAAGAGAUCCUAGUGCAUCAUGAACUAUUAUCUGAUCUUAGACGUUAAACUGUAGAGAUCCAAAGAGACAGAGAGAUCCAUUCACUUACUUCAGCUCAAUACUACAGUGAUACCUCAGGUUACAGACGCUUCAGGUUAUGUGUUUUCUGGUUGCGAAUCGCACCAAACCCGGAAGUACUGGAACGGGUUACUUCCAGGUUUCAGUGCAUGCGCAGAAGCGCUAAAUCACACAGAAUUGCGACCCGUGUGUGUGCAGACGCCAUGCUGCAGGUUGUGAACGCUGCGGGUUGCUAACGUGCCUCCCGCAAUGAUCACAUUUGCAACCCAAAGUUCCACUGUAUACAGUUCUGCAGCUAUGCAGUAAUAAGUAACUCCUAACUCCUUCCUGCUUAAUGCAGCCUGGGUAUUCUCCAUGCAUUCUCCACACAUUCGUUGGAGAAAGGUAGGGUGGAUGAAUUUUAAUUUCAUUGGCAACCAUGCAUUUUUACGGGUGAAAGCCUAAAGAACGACAUUCAAGGACACCUCUUGAGGUGAGAGUUUAGCCUAUUCCAGAGGCCGGCAACCUAAGGGGCCCAUAAGGGUCGCUUAACCAGCACAUGAGCCGCCCCCAAACUAAGCUGCCCAUUUGGCGAGUCCCCGCAUGCUGCGCUAAACCGGUGCGGCGCCAGGACUUUCUUCUGUGGCUCUGGAAAUCGCAUCUGCGCAUGUCUGCGGUGCUGGAAAUCACUUCUGCACAUGCCCAGACACCAGAAAUCACUUCUGCGCAGGCUCAAUCUCCAGCGUCACGCUGCACCGGCCCAGCCCACGGAGGUUUUCCACAGGAGUGAUCCAGCCCAUGCGCGGUAAGCCUUGCCGACCCCUGGCCUAUUCCUUGGCGGCCCUAGCCAUUUCACCAAGCCUGUUGAUUUAUAUGGCUGUUGGUCAUAUUAAUGUGUGGUGGCAUGUUGGAAGAAGGCUUCCAAGAUGUUCUGUUGCCCGUAUGCGCAAGAGAAGACUCCCAUCAGACAGUGUUAAGCUCUUUCCGCACUCUGCAUCCCUGAAGAUGCACAUGAUACUGACAAUUCCACCUUUCAUCCAAUUAAUGGAAUGGACAGACAUGUUGCAUACUAAGGUGAUGGCUAGCAGGAAGCGGGGGGGGGUCACUCAGUCAUGCUCUACAGAGGUUCCUCAGGUAUACAGGGGAGACCUAAAUGGUUAUGUUACUGCCUAGUUAAGUGUUUGUCUUCUUACCCUUUUCCAGAACCUGUUAUCAAAAAGAAUACAUGGGUAGCAACAAAGUCAAAUGAUGAUCAUUCCUAUGCAGUUAAAAAUGUUUUCCCCUCAUCACCGCAAACUGAAAUAAGUAUUUCUAGAGAUCUCUACCUGGAUGACAUGCAAACUGACGAGGACAAGUUGAACAGUAGUCUUCUAUCCUCAGAGUCUACUUUUAUGCCUGUUGCGUCUGGCCUCUCCCCAGUGUCUCCUACUACUGCAGAACUGAGACUUCACAGAAUUAAUAUUGAGACAGAAGGUAUGGAGGAUGCUGACUUUGAAUUUAUAAAAGAGGUUAAUAAACAAGGAACGCAGGAAACGACUUCUGUGAUUCUUGGGGAAUGUGCCAUCAAAUCAACAAAGGCUGUGGAAACUCAAAAGGAAGAUCAAGAGGAAGGAAUAUCGUCCACUUCUAGUUUGUCAGCAGCCACCGCUACUCUUUCUGCUAGCAUUAGCAGUUGCCAAGUAUCCUCUGAAGACCAUGUUGAGCACAGUGACCUCAAGCGAUCACAUACUCCAGAAGAUGGUGUUAUCAAAACUGUUUUCCCUGCCAAAUAUCCAGAAGAAUUGCCUGCUAGCGCAACUGCUACUUUAAUCCAAAAGUCAGAUAUGCUUGAAGAAAUGAACAGAGCAGCCACCAAGAUUCAAGCUUGUUGGAGAGGAUUUUACACAAGGAACUACCAUUCCAGAGCCAAGGAAGUGCGUUAUGAAAUUCGACUCGGUAGAAUGCAGGAACACAUUAUACAUUUAACUGAAGAAGUAGACAAGUAAGUUAGCAGUCGUUUUCAAACUGGAAGUAAUUACAAUAGAAAUACUGACUUAUCUAACUGCUAACGAUGUAACAAGCACAGUAGGAGUGUUUAGGAGGUGUUGAUGGGGACUCUAAUUCUCUAAUGUCUCUAAUUCUGUGUUUGGAGCAAGGUGGGAGAAAAUUGAAUAACCCAUCAGCUUCAGAAGGUCUUGGAAGUAAUAGAAGUUACAAUCUGUUCUGAAGAAUUACAUUAAUAUAAUUAUAUACAGAAAGAGUCAUUCUCUUCAAAAAUUACUAGUAAAAAAUAAGGGUUUUACUGUGGUCAGAAGACUGAGAAGUUCACCCAUACAGAUCCAAUGCAGAGUCCACCAAACUGCUGAUAAAAUGCAUAACAAGUACUGCAGCAAAUUGUUUAAAUUUAUUUAUAAAAUCAUAUAUAUUUAUAUGUUUACCAUAUGUAGAUUAAGAAAGGAAAAAGAUGAGGAGAAACUUCAAAGACUUGUGCAAGAGGAAGCUGUAAAAUUCCUUUGGGACCAGGUAAAAAUAUCAUUUCUAAAUCAUUUUCUGACUUUGUGUUAAUAAAAACCAUGGUUCACUAAUCAAAUAAGCUGAAGAGAUAUAUGUACCAUGUUGGGUAGUUUAGGUGAUUUAUAGUGCCUAUCUACUCAGAAGCAAGUUUUGUUGAGUUUAGUGGGACUUAUUCUCAAGGAAGUGUCAAUAGGAUUGUAGCUUAAGGGUCACCUCACACAGGAUGCAGUUAUUAAUAUUGCUCUUUCAUAUGAAACUAUAAAUAUGGUGGCACAUGACGUGCAUAUAAGUCUAAUUGAAAUGAUAACAUUUCCUUUUGUGUGGUAUUUGCAGGUUAGAUGCAUCCAGGAGUGGCAACUUUCAGUGAACUCACAUCUCACUACUUUCCGGCAGCAGAAUACUCCUUCAUCAAGCAUUUUGGGUCCCUUCAAGGUCCAUAUAGACUCGCCUGGACGAAACCAAGUACCUUCUCCUGUCGGCAGUUCAACCUGGUUCGUUUCAGCUACUGAGGCUUGUCAUCAGAAAUGCUUGCCAGAAUUUCCUGACUCGGGGUUCCAUUCCUGUGUGACUGACCAGAACUGCCUUCAGGAAUCUCAGUGCUGUGGAGAAAACGUGGCAGAAGUAAAUGGUGACGGCUCUCUAGAGAGUUCUUUCAAAACGGUCAAACCAUGUGAAGAUUCUCUUUCCGAGUGCCCUUUAGCAGCUGAGGAGAUUGAACUGGACCACGAGGAAUGUUGUAAAGAGAGUUUCAACAGUGAGCAAGACAGCAGUAGUCUUAUCCAGCAGUAUUUAAAAUCGGUUGAGCAGCUAGAUAAUGAUGACAAGACAAGUUGCAGCAAUGGAACAGGCAGUUGUAGGCCGAAUACAGCUGCCUCAUCAGAAGACCCGGAUGUGUUAUGCAAUGCUACAUCAGACUCCCAAGAGGUGCUUGCAUCGGGACAAGGUGGAACUGGUCAGCCAGAAAUCUGCAAUUUGAAUGCAGAAAGGCCAGAAGGAAAACAGACAGACUGUGACUCUUCUUUCCAGGCACUUCCUGUUAGCAUAACCGUGUAG